AUGGUAUCGGGCGUCAAGAUAGCAAGCUUUCGAAUAGAGGAAGAGGAAACUCGAGAGGUCGAGGAUCUGGGGAUAGGUUCGGGCAAGAAAGAAGAAAUUCGGACUACUCGGUCCAUCCGGAUUAUCAUCAAGACGAUGGCUAUAACAAAAGAUAUCGUGACUACUCGGAACAAGACUAUAAUCGACAAGACGAUUUUACUGGAGGCUACAAUCAAGGUGCUCGAGGCGGCUAUGGCCGCAAUCAAGGCUCCAGAUACGGAUCUAAGAAGGAUAAUGACAAAUCAGUCACGAAAGAAAAAGACCCGCAGUAGGCUCUCCCAUUUCUUCAUUGAUGAAUUGCUCAAAGCGCUCAGUGUACGCGGAUACACGAGAUGA